CGUAGUCGCUUCCUUGUCACGUGACACAAAGUUGUCAACACCAUGAAAAACACUUUCGCGUACUGUACUGUACUGCGCAGGAAAAUUCUGUUACAACACGUUACGGUUGUCCGUCAACUAGUCGGACUUUAAUUGUGCGAAUAUCUCAUGUCAGCAUGACACGUUUUAGCUUGUGACCAGGAAGUGUUUGAGCUAGGUUAGCCUGCUAGCUAGCUGGCUGACUGACUUCGGAAUGUCAGCUGACAAGUGCUCGUUGACACAUGGCUGUUUGUUUGUUCCGAUUGUAAUGUUUGUGUAUUUAAAACCCAGAGGCUUGUCACUUUAAACAGCAGCUCAGUGCUACAACGCCAGCCAAGCAUGUCUCGUUCUUACGGUGGUGGGACUGGCCAGUCGUCUCUUGUCACCAGCCUGGCAACACUUCUCCGAAAUAAUGGCGAGUUAGUGCUGGGAGGCAGCAGCACGCUGACCCUGCCAGCGACGAGCUUGCAGCAACUCACCCGGCUCUUUGAGCAACACUUGCUGUCCAGGAACCAGCAGCAUGGCUUCCUGGCCCUUCCAUCCCAUCCAGCUGACACUGCAUCCUUGCUGCAGCUGCAGUUCCUCUUCGACAUCCUGCAAAAGACCAUUUCCCUAAAGCUCAUCAACCCAUCAAGUUCAAGACUGGAGUCCGGGGUGAAGGUUUUCCCUUUCAAGUCUUUAAAGUGUUUGGAGCUGAAGAACAUCCCCCCUCAUUGUCUCGAGGGUCUCCGAGGCGUUUACUCCCAGUUGGAGGUCUUCAUCUGCUCAAAGAGCCUGAGCUCCCUGGAGGAGUUGCUCUCCCUGUGCGGCGGUGACCUCAGCUCUGCACUGCCGUGGUUGGAGCUACACACCCUCAACUUCAGCUACAACUUCAUCGUCUGCCUUGACCAGUCUUUAAGUCUCUUGAACGUCCUGAAGUCUUUGGAUUUAAGCCACAACAAGAUUCAGGAGUGUGCAGAAUUUCUAAAGCCUUUGAGUGAGCUGGAACAUUUGAAUCUCGGCUACAACUGCCUGCAGAGGGCGCCAACACUUAGCAUAAGCGCCAGGGUCAAACUGCUCACGCUCGUCCUCAGGAACAAUGAAUUGGAGACGAUCAACGGUGUGGAGCAGUUGGCAUCACUCCAACACUUGGACCUGGCCUAUAAUCUCCUGGUGGAGCAUUCCCAACUGGCUCCUCUCUCCUUGCUCCACUGCCUAAACACGUUGAACCUGGAGGGCAACCCGCUGUACUUCCAGAAGACUCAUCGCACGUAUACCGUCCGACACCUCUCGCCUAAGGCCGUCGGCCUCAGACUUAAACUCAACGGCGUCCCGCUCUCUUCUUCCGAGUUAUCUGCUCUGCCGAAAGUCGAGCAACUGAUCGUCCGGGUCCAGUCGUCCCCUCCGGCGGAGUUCGAGCAAAGUCACGCAGACGUGUCGAGUGGAGCCGGGGAGCUCAGCGAUAGUCUCUCAGUGGGGGAGGUGCGAAGCUCACGCGGACGCAAAAAGAAGUCCCGGGUUAAAGUGCGCCGAGCAAGUAUCUCAGAGCCAAGUGAUACCGACUACCGGGUUGUGUCCUCCUCCCAAGACAUUGUUCUUCCACACCAAGAGGAGAUUGAGCGCAUGUCCAGUUUCAGAGAGCAGCUGGGUGAAGACUGGUUGCGGUACCAGCACCACUUGGACGUAGAUGCAGCUCCGCCUCCUUCCGAAACUCUCCACGGCUUGGAAACGCUCUCCGACAGCCUCGAGGCCCCUCUGCGUCCACCUCCGGAGGUUCUUCCUCCGCCACUUCUCACAUCUGAGCCCAGGGUGCCGGAGGCGGAGGCAGAGCAAGAGACAGAAACAGAGUCCACAUUACAGUGGCCCAGUCAAAACACUCAGCACUCAGAGUCCACUUUGGAAGACACUCAGGUCCCUUCCACCAGACACAGUUUGGACUCCCACAAGUCAGCGAGGCAGGAGAGCGGCCAUUCCAAGGAGGGAGAACGUGAGGAAAACCUGGGAGUGGACCAGUGUCUGCCGCUCCUGGUGGGUGUCUUACCUGACAAAGAAGAGGAAGAUGACCAGAGUCAGGAUGAGGGGAGGACGGAGGUGUUUCUGCGUGUCAAACAGAGCCAUUUGCUCGAGGUCGACAUGCAGUCCGGCCAGGAAAGGUGCUGUCUGGAACUGGACUGCCUGGCCAAGGUGGAGGCCACGCAGGCAGCUUGGACCCGCAAGGAGAGCAAAGUAAUGUUACCCGCUGUGGAGAUCCAGUUUGACUACAUCAUGAAGGAAAAGAGGCGGAGAUGUUACGUCCUUCUCGAUGAUGACCCGCAGCAGGCCCUUAAGGAUCUCGUGGACGUGCUGUCCCCCGCGGCAGAGGCCAACCGCCGUCGCGACGUCGGGCUCCUUCCAGGCCGUCUUCAUUUGCAGUGCCUUCGCUGCGGGUCAGAGUUCACGGAGGCCGGCGGCCGAGCGAGGAGCGCACGGGGCGGGAUGCUGCCGGAGGGCGCGGAUGAGCACGACGCCAAAGAGUUGAUGGAAUGCGAUGACGGCGACAAAGGACAUUGCGAUAACUGUCCUGAAUGUGGAAGUGACCACUUGAUCCAGCUCGUCGGCCAGUCGUUCCCUUACUGCAGCACACCGAUCCAACGUCCGUCAAGGACCACCGAUGAAGACAUGGAGUUGAACCGUAGCAGCGAUUGGGAGGAAACUGCCACGGCCGCCACGGAGGACCUGGAUUUUUCCACCGCGCAAGGGGGUUCCUUCUCCAUCGGGGACGGCGGGCUUGACUCUUUCUCGCUGUCCUACAAUGCCGAGUGCCAAAGCGAGGAGGAUCUGGCCGGCAGCUACAGCUACAACGCCGUCGGUUCCACGCCGCCUGCUAUGCAGCCUUCAGGAAUGGCCAACUCCACUGGUGACUUCGACCUGCUGACCGAGGCCUUUGAGGCGGUCGACCAUCGGCUGAAGCUUUUCUUGGAUGUGGAUGUCUUUGUGGAGGAAGAGGAGCUCCGUUGUUUCCUGAAGGUGAAUAACCGCCGCGCUCGCAUUCCACUUCCAUGUCUACCGGCCGAAUGUCCAUUUCACUUUCAGACAUCACUUGUGAGAUUCGGGGAGCCGGAAGAGUUCCCGUCUCUGGUGGUGGUGUCAGACAAGAGAAUUUAUGUGCUUGAAGUCACAUCGGGAGCCAGCAAAAAGCAGCUCUCCGAUUGGCUCCAGAAGCGUGACUGCCACCCAAUCCUGGAGCUCAGCUAUUUGGAGGUGGGGCUCGGCUCUCAGAGCAUCCACAUGGCAUUUGAAGAUGGGGAACUAAGGGGCGGGGCCUACACCCUCCUGGUGCGGGACACUUCACGCUGCAAAAGCUUCUUUGGCCUCUUGACAGGCAUCGUACGUGAGAUGGCGCACCGGUCCGACAGCAAUCUGAGGUCCAUCUCAACCGCCAGACUCAAUCCUCAACACCAUCUUUGGCCUCUUGUGUGUGAAGACAUCCAGACAGAUGUGGAGGAUGGCCAGCUGCAGUUUUGCUACAUUUUGGCCUUUUUGCUGCAAGACAACACGUGGGCCCCGACGACGGUGCUGGCGACCCGAGAGACUCUGUACCUGCUGAGCGAGGACCACCAGUGGGCGAAGAGCACAAAGCAAUCGGCGGCGGUCGACGGCACCCAGGAGCCGAGCAGCGGGAGCUUCUCUCUCCUGGAGACGCUUCCCAUCAGUUGCGUGAGCUCCGUUCACCUGUGGCCCGAUGAGCAGCGACGGAUGGACAUCAAGCUCUACGACGAGACACAGCAAGAGGAAAAGACCUGGCACGUGCGCUCGGAGAGUUCUGAGCUUCUCCAGACUCUGCUGGCGUGGGUCCGAACACAGUGGGAAGCCAUGUUUGGCGUUAAGCUACACACAACAAAGUACGACACAGAAACGUAACAAUGGUACUUUUUUUGGAGGGUAUGUGCCCCUUCAAUGCAGAAGAUGGGCCGGGGAGAGUUGUGAAUGUUUUUUUUUUCUUCUUCUGAGCAAUGGCAUGACCUCUUGGACAUGUGAAGCUGUCAUCACGCACAUAUUUGAGUCCCUCCCAACAUCCUGCAGCUGUGAGCGUUCAUGUCAUAAUUUAUUUCUUUACUAAUGUCUUUUUAUUUUUUGUUUUCUAUGACAGCAAAUGUGUUUGAAAACUGUGUGUAUAAAUGCGUUCAAACAAA